AUCUGAGGCCGACUUCAGCGUCAUGCUUCUCCUCCAUUGUUUGAGGCUUCGCUGAGAGGAUUGCUACUAUAACUGUUCACCGUCGGAAUUCCACAUGCAGUGGAAGUAUAUCGACACCGGGUAAAGGUGUGCAUGAGGUCACCACCCAUCAGCACAGCAUCAGGAUGUGAUGUCACAGCAGUGACUGCCUUCCUGUCUUGUCCAGCUUUGUGCUCUUUGGAGCGGGGAGCCCCUCGUUCCCCCCUCCGAGGACGAGACAUGUUUGAAGCGAAAACGCGAGCUGUGCAGAAGAAGGAGUCCAGCACGGAGACGGAUGAGGGGCUGGGCAGCAGCGGGAGGCAUUACACCUCCAGCUCUCUGGGCUCCUGCUCGGCCGGCUCCGGCUCCCUGUACCUGUCCGACAGUCAGGACUGGGUGGUCUCCCCGAGCUGCUCUCCGGAUGAAACCCCCGCUCAGGUUAACUCCAUCUCCCCCAUGCUGGCUGAAGAGACUCUCCGGUACAUGACUUAUCUUGCUUUGGAUCCUGCUUCUUAUUCCCACCAUGGCUCUCAGAGUCUCUCCAAAGUCCUCAGUUCCGAUCGAAUGGAGCAGAUGACCAAGACGUACAAUGACAUCGAAGUGGUCACACAUCUUUUAGCUGAGCGGGACAGAGACUUGGAGCUUGCAGCUCGGAUCGGCCAGUCGCUUCUGCAGAGAAACCACCUGCUGCAAGAACGAAAUGACGCCUUGGAGGAGCAGCUUGCACAAGCUGUAGACCAGGUUAACCAGCUCCAGCAUGAGCUAACUAAGAAGGAUGAACUCCUCCGGAUAGUGGCCAGUGCCUCGGAGGAGGGUGAGCAAGACUCCAGCGUGUCGACCCCCCAGCAGCCACCUCAGCUGCUGGGGGGAACCGCCGCCGCCACACUCAGCCAGCUGGAGCAUCUGCAGAACAAGCUGGAAGAGCUGGAGGAGGAGAACCAGGCGCUGAGAUCUGAGGCAUGUCAGCUGAAGAGGGAUACUGUGACGUAUGAGGAGAAGGAGCAGCAGCUCGUCAGCGACUGCGUUAAGGAACUUCGCGAGUCCAACAGUCAGAUGGUGUCUCUGAGCGAUGAGUUGUCUCAGAAGAACGAAGAGCUGCUCAGACACCAGGAGGAAAUCGCUCAGCUGCUUUCUCAGAUAGUGGAGCUGCAACACAGAGUAAAGGAGCUGGCUCUUGAGAAAGAAGAGCUCAGGAUCCAUCUUCAGGCCUCCAAAGAUGCUCAGAGACAGCUAACAGCAGAGCUAAACGAGCUGUCAGAAAGGAACGCUGAGUGUGUGGAAAUGCUUCAUGAGUCACAGGAGGAGAUUAAAGAGCUUCGCAGUAGAAGCAGCCCCUCCUCUGGGAUUAGACGACACCUCUCCUAUGGUCUCUACCCCAUGGAAUCGCUAGCAGCAGAGAUUGAAGGCUCAAUGAGGAGAGAGCUAAGCAUUGAGGAGGAGACCGCCUUUGAAGACCAAAGAAUUUCCCAGAAGAGAGUCUUUCAAACUGUUCGCUCGGUUAACGCCUCAGCUUCUCGUGCUGCUCUGGCCGCCCCGCCUAUCCCCGGUUCUGGACAGAGUUCUUUAGUUAUGACAGCCCAACCUUUCCCGUCUGUACAAGGGGAGGAGGUAAGAAGGGGGCAGCCAGGAUCGCCAGGUGGAAACGACCUCACCAAAGCUCUCCAUCGCCUGUCUUUACGGCGACAAAACUUCCUUUCUGAGCACCAGUUCUUUCAAACGGAGCGUGAGAAGAAGCUGCAGACCCUGUCGGGGGCAGAAGCAGAUGGAGAUGGCAGUGGCUGCAGCUCCCCUAUGGGCAGCGUGCUCUCCUCGUUUUCAAACCUCUCCGAUCUCACAGUUGCUUCCACCGUUUUCAAGACGUUCUUGCCUGAGAAGCUUCAGAUCGUCAAGCCGAUGGAAGGUUCCCUGACGCUCCAUCACUGGCAGCAGCUCGCCAAACCUCACCUAGCCACCAUCUUAGACCCACACCCUGGAGUUAUGACCAAAGGAUUCCGGCCUCUGGCUCAGGAUGCCGUGUUUCGGCUGUCGGACAUGGAAGAGGAUGAGGAGGGCGAAGAGCACCGAGGGAUUGCAGUCCUUGAGAAAGGAACAACGGAGAAGAGUAAAGAGGAGCUCGACGGGGAAGAGGAGGAGGGCGGAAUAACCUUCAAUGUGCGCUCUUCAUCCACUCCCGAGAACAGAAACCACCCGGUUGCACCUCUCACCAGUGCGCCUUUACCCUCCAUCCGACCAACGUCACCCGGAGCACCUUCUACUUCCUCCUCUGUCCAGUUGGACCCAUGUUUGACACCCAAUCAGGUCGCAAGAAAUUCCAAUCAAUCGCCUCACCCCAUCCCGGAAGCUUCUACAACAGCUGUCCAAUCACAAAUUAGAACUUCCACCUCUAUAUCAUCUUCUCGUGUCCAAAACCCAGGGAAGAGUGAGAGCUCCACGUUCUCUACCUACACCUUCACAACCUGUCGUAUUCUCCACCCUACUGACAUAACACAGGUCACACCGAGUUCCCAGUCGUCCCUUCUUGCCAAUACGCCCAGCUCCAUGAGAACCGGUCCAAGUACCCCUGUGACUCCCUGCAGACUGAGUUUGGGAGACUCUUUCCCUCCUCGACGCCUUCCAGCCCCCCCCGGCGGGCUGGCCAAACUGGUUCUGGAGAGAGGUAUCUCUGCACAAGUUUCCACUCAUCCCCCGACUCUGUCGCCAAGAUGUGCUCCACGGCAACCCCUGUUACGACUCAUGCCUGGCACACCUCCAAAUUCCCCCUCCCAGUCCCCCACACCCUCCCCCGUGCCUUCAGAGUCUCGCCAACACCCGCCUGAUAAUUUUCUAGCCUCCCGUCCCGCUGAGCUCUUUCUCCAAGACGUGUACGGGUUGAAGCUGGGCCGAGCCCCACACCCGGACCUGCCAAGCCCUUCCCAGGAAACCGCUACUUUAUCCUCCAAGCCAGGCCAAGACAAGGCCAACCUGGUCAGCGUCGGCCUGGUAGAAAGACUCCGUCGUUUGGGCGUCGCUAAGGUGCUGCACGGUUCAGAGUCCGACGCUGCAGCUCCGCACCAAGAGUCUGCCACUUUUGUGUCAGCAGGCGGGGGAAGCUUGAUGGACGGCCUCAGGCGUAACCAGAGUCUCCCAGCGAUGAUUGGUGCCAGAGUAGGCAGUAAAUCAGCCGCUAAUCCUACCGCGCCUCCUCAUCCGACAUCCCUAGCUAUCCCUCCAGCACCAUGGGGAAACCCUAAAGAACGACGGCGACAUCUCGCCUCCAUCUCUCUGCCUCCGAGAAGUUCAAAACACUAAAAGCAUUCAUACCAUAAUCCUCUAGGUUUACACCUCAAUCCCAACUCUUUUCCUCUCUAGCUUUGAAGAGAGUAGAAGGAGGAGGAGGAACAGUCCUUAAUUUUAAUGAGGUUGAUUUGAAGCACAACUUGUACUCAUCUGCCGUUAAGCUCGACCUCGGCUUGACUCUUAAAUUGAGUUUGCAUUUCAGUAGUUCUCUUGUGACGCUCUGGAAGUUCAGGUGGAACUAGAUGUAAGUUUGCUGCACAAAUAAGAGAUGUCUUCCUUUUUAUUGUAUACUAUUCCUUACCUCCUCCUCUGUGUCCUUCCUUUUGUCAUUUCUUUCCUCCUUGUGUCCUACCCCAUUUCUGUCAAGCAUUUCUUUCCAUCUUCUGACGUACGUUCCCCAUUUCCUUGUCCUUAUUUCCCUCCGUUUUUUUCAAUUCCUUCCUUCAUUGUUUCUAUUCCAGCUCAUAUUUAGCGUCUUUCCGCAGUGAUAACAUCUUCCCUAAAUUCAUUUGAAAUAUUUUAGAUUUUACAAUAAAACUCUGGAAGGUUGAGCCUAGAAAAAUCUGGGAUUUUUACAUUUAGAAAGUCGUAGAAACCCAGUGAGGAGGAAGUGGUCAGGUAAGUGUUUGAGGGUUUGUGGAAGUCGAUCAGAAAGGAUGAGAGAGUUUUUGAGGAAGAGAGAAUUGUUAGAAGGUUGGUAAAGUGUCGACAGAGUGAGUUUUCAUCUGAGCAUCCAGAGUCUCGCUUUUCUAAGGGCUUGUUCUGUGGUCGGUGAGCAGAAAUAUUGAACAGUAUCAUUCCCGCUUGCAUCCUUGUAAACUUUAAUCCCAUCUCCUGUAAAUGUAAGCGUUCGACGUCAGUGGAGGAGUGAUCCAACAUGCUUUAAUUACAUUAAAACACUAUUUAGACGACAGCAUAACAUAAUACUGCCAGGUUGAUUUUGUAGUCCAGCCAUGCCUGUAAACAUAACAGUGUUUGAUUGAUUUUUAAUAUUAACAUACCUUAAAUUUUCCGUCCAUGUGCUGUGGCAAAAGUGUCUGCAUGAAAAACAUUGCCUACAUGUCCCAGCAUGCAUCUGUCAGCAGACAGGUGGGUCUUGGUUAAAGCAAGGCCUAAACUAAGAUGGACAAAAACAAAAGGGAUGGGGGAGGGUUUCUUCAGGUCUUUGUGUUUUGUAUAUUUUUAAGAAUAGGAGGCCUUAAUUAAAGGCAAGCACUGUUUUCAUGAAAGUUUGUUGUAUAGUUUGCACUUAGUUGGUUCAGCAGAUCAGUUUUGAACUAAACAGAAUAUUUUAUCUCUUCAUUAGACAGGUCAGCUUCAGACUGUGAGGAAGGAGAAAAACACUUUUCUGAUCAGUUCUGCGGGUUAAGGGAAAAUGCAGUACAAACAUUGACCAGCAGAUGGGGGUAUUUCACAUCUUUAAAGUACUUGAAAUAAGCAAUGCCCCCUAAAUAAACAUCCCAAAACCUUAACCUUCUGUUUGUGGCUAACCUUUACUGACUGAUGUUUUAAAGUAUUUAAAUCCAGAAAUUAAUAAACGUGUUUGUUAAUAAAUAAGCUAAAGAUUUUAUUUAUGUUGCAUUUUUUCCACCUAAAGGGAAACCAUGUGAACAUAAACUUUAUUUUUGUGAGAAGUUAAUAUUCUGCCUUGCACAUGUUUCAAUGAAGAGUUGUGGAAAGGAAAAGGGACUUUCUGCUAAAAUGGAGAACUUUUGAGUGAUUGCAUCUUUUAGAUUUGUUGUUGUUGUCAUAUCCUGUUUUUCUUGUCGAACAGAAAGCUCAGCUUCAUGGCUUUUGGUGGACAAAGAUAACGCAGAACUUCCUUGUUUCCCUGCUGUAAUCAGGAUUUUAUGUUAUUGC